UUUGCGCUUCCUCCCGUGGAGCACAUUCCACUCCGCAUUUUGUGAGCGCGCAGCCCAGGUGUGGCUGCCCUUCGCACCCUAUCCUAUCCGCUCCGCUCCGCGCUCCACAGGUGGCUCUCCUCCGACGCUCCUCUACAUACGUUUUUAUCCCGGGUCAGUUCGUUUUCAGAAGGUCUGGGAGAGCACGACGACACCGGAGCGCUUUCUUUUCCAGAUCGCGCACGGAUUACUACACACAACUCUGGAAUCAACAACAGCUUUUGGAUUUUUUUUUUCUUUUUUUUGGUAGGAGGAGGGAGGACGGGUAGUUUGCCUUAUAUUCAAUUUUUUAUAUAUAUAUGUCUCAUCAUUUUAUCAUCGCGUGCAAAUAAAUGCCUUUCUACAAGAGGACGGUGGUCCCCGUGUACCUGUGCCGGCUGGGUGCGCGCGACCCCCCCACAGCCACAGGUGUGUUCGGCUCCACGGAGGAGCUGUGCUGCCACGCGCUCGCCUCCCUGCUGCGGCAGCUCGCCGAUCUCUCCCGGCACGCGAGCGACGUCUGCUCGGAGAUCGAGGACGAGGCGCGCGCCUUGGGCAACAGAUGCGCCGCGCUGCGGGUUCGUGUGGAGCGCGCGCGCGAUCGCGCGCGCACGCUGGACCACAGGAGGAUAAAACACCCGGUCUCCAGCCUGGAUGAGGAGAGCAAAUGGACGGUGCACUACACGGCCCCCUGGCAUCAGCAGGAGAACGUCUUCCUGCCCGGCAGCCGGCCUGCCUGCGUGGAGGACCUGCACCGCCAGGCCAAGGUCAACCUCAAGACGGUGCUCAGAGAGUGCGACAAGCUGAGGAAAGAUGGCAUCCGCAGCUCGCAGUACUACUCCCAGGGCCCUGCCUUCUCCGCCGCCAGCCUGUACGACGGCAGCCUGUCGGACCACGGGGACACGGACAAGAAGUCCGCAGUGUCCUCCGUGGAUGAGGAAAGGCUGGUGUACUCCACCCCCCUGCACCGGGUCCCCCAACCGGAGAACGGACAGGUCCGCCGGAGCCAGACCAAUGGGAAGACCAACUGGAGCAAAACACUGCCGCUGCCCACCCCCGAGGAGAAGAUGAGGCAACAAGCCCAGUGUGUGCACGCUGACAUCAUCCCCAUCGAUGUCACAGGAGAGAAUUUUGACCGCCAGGCAAGCAUCCGCCGCUCCCUUGUGAACACAGACACUAUGGGCAGGCGGGCUAAAAAGGUCAGGAGGAGGAAGACCAUAACCGGGGUCCCUGACAACAUCCAGAAGGAGCUAGGAAAUGGAGAAUUCCAGUCUCAUUCCAUGUACAUUCCUGGUCAGUGUUCCACGCUGGGUCGCGUUGGCAGUGUCAGUUCAACCUCGCAUUGCUCAGGCACUCGAGAAUCCGGCUGCCAGACGGAGGAGGUUAAGAUCAUGCCGCCAUCCAUGCGAAGGAUCAGGGCUCAGAAGGGUCAUGGUAUUGCUGCCCAGAUGGCGAAUUUCUCAAACUCCUCCUCGGGCAGCAUCCCCACCGUCAGCAACAGUGUCGGUGUCAUCUUUGCCCCUCAGUUCAGUGGAGGUGACCAGCGCUUCCACAGCCUGCCCCGCCAGGGUGUUCAUGGGUCCCGACACACAGAUCCUAGCUAUACCAGCACCCCACUGAGGUCGGAGAACUGCACUGUAGGUAUAGUCUCUUGUCAGGUCAACAAUCACUCCAUUCAUCAAGAAAACGGGAAAUUUCAGAGCAAUCAGACUACAUACUGUGCUUCACUCAUUGGCAAAAAUCUUUCAAACUCCUCUUCUGAGGCAGUUACUGCCAUCGCAGAGCCCAACUCACAUGCCCAACAUGUGCAAUCUGUGUCUUCCUACCCAAUGGGCAAGCCUCUCAGCUCUGCUGGGCAUAAGGAGGAGCAGCAUCUCCCAUCCAUGACAUUGACAUCUACCCCAUCACGAUAUGAUUCGGCAGUAUCCCUCAGCACUGGCACCCUCACUGAGACAGAUUCCCAGUCCAGUAACCUUGAUGACAGGAAGGAUAGCCGUUGCAAAAAUGCCCAAAGUGAGUCAAACUACUCAUACGGAAGCCUCCAAAGUUGCAACAGUAUUACCCAAGACCAGUGGCUCUAUGACAGUCCACCUAAAAAUUCCCGGAUGUCCAACUGCUCCACACCCAUUACUCAUGUAUGCAGUGGUCUAGAGUGUCCUUCCAGCAAGACUGAGUCUUCUUUACACUACUCUUUGGAAAAUGAUGGUGACCCUACAUCCAUGCACCUGGAUUUAGGCCUCAGGUCACGCAGUUACAGCAAUAUCAAUGGCACAAACCAUGUCCAACACAGCUUCUACAAAUGCAAGGAGCACCACAGCCAAGACGACAGAAUUAGUCUUUACAGCAACAAGUCCUUAUCCCGAAGCAUUUCCCUCCGCAAGGCCAAAAAACCCCCACUGCCCCCAACUCGGACCGACUCUCUGCGACGAAAACCAGGGAAGAAUCAACUACCCACCGAUAAAAAUCCACAAUCCAAUGGUUCGGUUCUGAGCAAGACAUUGAUUGCCAGUCUGCAAGAGUCUUUGAACUUGAACCUAAAAAGCAAUGAGGUUUCAUCUCCAACCCAGAGUCAUUCCAGUGACUAUGAGGACCUCUGGGUGCAACGCUCAAGGAGCCAGAGCAGCAUCAGUGGUGGGAGUGGCGGGAUGUCACCCUCUGAUGCUAACAUAAACUCCAUCUACCCUAUCACACCUUCACAGAGUGACAGUAGUGGUCUGCGUACUGACUCCGCCGAGCCCAUGGCCUACCAGGUGGACCGGACCAGGCCACAGACUGAGCAGCAUAAUUAUCCUGACAUUCAGAUCUCCAGCACUGAUGAGACUCCAAAGGAUUUCUCCACUGAGGGCUUCCAGUUUGGCUCUCAAAUGCUCCUGCCACCAACCCCAAAGAACAGUUUGGAAGUCACAGCAAAGUCUGCCUCCUCACCAGACAAAAUGCAUCAACUAGCAUCUUCAAAUUGUGGCUAUUCCAGCCAGCCCAACAGCUCCACCAUUGGAAACAACUUGGUGUGCCUGAAGAAGACUCUGUCUCCAGCUGGGCUGAGGCCCAAGCCCAAAGUGCCUGAGAGAAAAUCCUCCCUUUCAUCUUCUGUAUCUGUGCCUCCUUUCCCAUCACUGUCCUCCAGCAUCUCUGAUCCUGGCAAGAACUCCCUUCAUUUUACUGGCCUUCCCUCUCUCCUGAAUUUGUCUACAACUUCUGUUCAGCAGGCUAUGUCAUCCCCAUCCAGUCCAACCUCUCUCACUCCUCUUACUCCUCCAAGCCCUGUCAUUGCAUCUAGACAGAACUUCACCCCUUUAGCACUACCAAUUACCCUUGAGAAGAUUUCUAAAAUUAUUAUUCCAGGCUUCACUUUUUCUCCAUCAGAAGCUAAUCCUCCCCCACUUCCUCCACCUCUGCCUUUACAUGCUUCCAUAACUCCUCCAUCAUUACAUGAAUCUCUGAUUAGACAACCAGUAGGGACAACACUUGUGAAAGAUGCUCUUAAAUCUGUAGAAGCAGGUGGCACAGAUAACUCACUAGAUGAGAAGAAAAAUAUGCCUGAUCACUCUAUAGAACCUGAUAGAUUUCUGAAGCCCGUGAUCACUGCCCAAGCAUUGCAGAUGGUGCAGCUCCGACCUGUUCAAAAGCUGGAAAGAUUGAGCAACGCUGAUGUAGGAUCAUCAGAUCUUCAGAAGGCAAAGUACAAGCAACAGUUUCCAAAGCCUUUAACACCAGAAAAACCUAAAAACCCAGAGACCCAUAUUGCGUUGCCACUUUCUGCCAACUAUAACUUUUCAAUAAAUGGGAUACAGAAAGUAUCAACACCCGUAACCGAAUUCCUGCAAGAUCUCUCCAAGGAAUCCAAAUUACCUGAGGUCAAACAAGGUGGAGCUAUUAAUAGCAGUCAACUUGAAGACCUGCCACCACUUGAGCCUCCACAUAGUCCCAUAGAAGCUCCAGGCCAGGCUUGCCUUCAGGCCCUGCACGAUGAUCUAUUACCAUCUCCAAGUCCUCUGGAAACGCUGCAUAGCAUCCCGUCCAAGCACAAACUUCCCUGUUCACCCCAGAAACCCAAACUCACCUUAAUCGUGCCUCCAAUUUUCUGCCAGCCUGCUGCAGAACAAGGCCAUCCCCUGAGCCUUGAUGUCAAUGGAACUGUGGCACUUAGCUCUGUGAAUGAGGAAUCAAAUUUGGGAACCAUGGAUGAACAGGCAUUCCCACAGCCAAGAACUGAGGAAGAUGACAAGGGUGGGGAUUUGAAGAGCUCCCCAUCAUUAGCCGGGCAAGAACAGUCUCUGAGCAGCGGGCUCUCAACAACGGUGUCCCACCGACUUCUUGACCUCAUUAUUGAGGACCAAGAACUCAUCCUUUGUGAUGAAAGAAGCACCUCUGAAGGAGAUGGGGAUGCUACAAGCAGCACCACUGGUUCCAUCAGCUCCAAAGAGGAAGAUUAUGGUGAGGUGUUUGACUCCGGCACGGCCGCUUCCUUGCUCGGGGCCAUGGUCGAUGGAAAAGCGCUGGACGACACGGUAACGCCCACUCGGACCCGGACCACCGAGGACCUCUUCGCUGCCAUUCACAGGUCAAAACGAAAGGUGCUUGGUUGGAGGGACUCUGAGGAGGAGCGUCGGGGAAGUCACUCCCCUUCCCCACCCAUCACCCCCACUGGCACGUCCCCAGGCCUGGGGUCCCUGGGGUCCCUGCCCCGGCAGACGGGCUCCAUCCAGCGCAACCUUCGUAAGACAGCCACCAGCAGCGACAACUUCAAGGCCCUGCUGCUGAAAAAGGGCAGCCGCACCGAGAGCAAUUUCCGAAUGUCCGCUGCGGAGAUCCUCAGGAGCACCGACCCCCGCCAUCAGCGGUCACACUCCGACUCUGCCCUGGACCCCAGUAUUGAAGCUCCCAUCAGCCCUUGCGCAUCCCCGAGCCAAGGCAGGAGAGCCCGCGAGCAAUGGGCCCGCACCGAGGGCGUGCUGCCCCGCUUCUCCCCGGUCUUCUCCGCAUCCCUCGCGGGCACCAGGCACGGGCGCUCCCGCACGCCACCCUCCGCCGCCAGCAGCCGCUACGGUGCCCGCAGCCGCAUCCUCAGCAGCCCCAUGACCGUCAUCUGCGAGCGGGAGGGCGAGCUGUCCGAAGCGGCCGAUGCGCGCGAGCCCCCCGAGAGCGGGACCGUCGGGCCUCCGGCCGCGGUGCUCGACUCCAAGCAGCUCCUCGUGUGAGGACAGACGGUACGGAAGAGAACUGCCCCACCUCCGAAGGGGGCAGCAACGUGCCGGACUACGACUCAGCCUCUGGCAGGGCGCUCCAGGGCCGCACUCUGUGGUGCUAAGUGUAAAGCGAACCACGGGUUUCGCAACUUUGAUCCCGGGCCCUUGUCGUCCAGCAAUGUCUACACUCCCUCAGCGAACUGCACACAUCCAAAGCCAGGGUGGCUUCGCGUUUGACCCGUGGCUCACUCCCCCCCCCCCCCCCCCCGUACUCAGAGGGUGAGAGUUUUAAUCACCUAUAAGUUGCUUUGGAUCUUAUGUUGUUUUGCUAAACCAGGUAAGGAAACGGAGUUGUAUGUGAGAGAAGGGAAGUGCGAAGUCGGUCUAUGUUGCAGUAGUGUGACUGGUUGCGUCGACGAUGCUCAAAAUCAUCAGUAAUAUGUUCCGCUAGUGCAAUUGGGUUUAUGCCGGUGGUCUUUUCCACGAGAGAUGAUUCAAACUCAAGGCUGGAGUUUGUGCAGAAUAUCCGAACGUAACCGAAAAGAGCAAGUGUUGUGAAAAGCCGGGAUUAUGGAGGGGGAAAAAGAAAAAGCACGUGUUUAAGUUGGCGUUGCUGGGGCUUAUUUCCAGAAAGAAAGGGUUGUGGCUUUAUUUUAGUUUGUAGCUUUGCACUGUUUUUUUUUUCUUUUUUGUAUUUUACAUUUUGGGAAUACUAAUAUUUCUGCAUUCUUAUUAUACAAUGACUUACGUGCAGUUGAGACACAAAUCAAUUUUUUUUAUUUGAAAAUUUGUUUACCAAAGAACGAAAGGAGUGUAACGGGGCAGCCCUGUGUUACGGCAUGGUCGGGCCAGAGUUUUAUUGGAUGACAAAGCUACAUGUCGCGGGGGCUGUAUCUUUUGAAGCUUAGAGUCGAAGGACUGAAAAUAGCAAUAUCACACCCAGGUGCUAUACUGUCUUUUUCUUUUAAAAUAUUAUAUAGCAGUUGAAAAACAGUCUCCUACCUACUUAUCAGAAUUUUUACAAUUUUAUAACCUUUGUUCUUGAAAGGAGAAAUUUGUUUCGUAGACUAUUUAUUUCAGUACAGUGAGAACAUGGAUGUUCUAAGUCAGCUGCAGCCAUGUGGGAAGAGGUGAGACCAGGGGUGGACUCACCUCAAGCGUUCUUGUCUCAGCAAUAAAAUACGAG